AUGAUUAUUCCAAAGUCACGUCGACCUCCUGUAAUCAUUAGAGAUGGUCGACAAAUUAAACCUAAUCCUCUACCUUGGGAAUUGAAAAUUUCUAGAGAGCUUUUACUUGGCAAAGUUAAAGUUUUGAGUCGUAUUGGCCUUGAAAAAAUUCCAUGUCUUCAUGUUAGAGUGCCUUUAUAUACGUUUUUUGAAGUCACUCGGAUUUUUUAUCGAACAUUUGAGCUUUAUUGGGCUUUGGAUCCUGAAGAAAAAUGCAAAUUGGGUGAUGUUGUUAUUAUUCGAAAACUUCCUGAAGAGAAAAGGAUUGCUUCUACAGUCCCCUAUUUGAUUGAAAAAGUUGUUUUUGAACAUGGAGCACGUGUGGAUCUUCUCAGCAAGAAACGUAAUUUUGAAGGAAUUUAUGAGGAUGAAAUGAAUAUUCGAAAACAGCUUGUUGACGAAGUUUAUAACGAGCCAUUAGCUGAGAAAACACUCUCCUAUGACAAGAAGAGAAGUUUAAUUAAGCAAAGAAUAAGGCAAAGAUUGAAUUUGUUGAAAAAUGAUGAAAAUUGA